AAACUUGUGGCAAUGACGGAGGCUAAUGCUAAUGCUAGCGCGGCCGCCUGAAGUGCGACUCUAACUUCUGCAUAUAGAAUGAUGACAUUUUAGGAGUUGAGAAGACCUCAGUGUAAACCACAUACACAGUUUGGCUUAUUUUGUGCUGAACGUGAGAAGGUGUGCAGAGCGAUGACGUCACGUGUGUUGCUGCGGCAGCAGCUGAUGCGGGAGCAGGCUCAGGAGCAGGAGCGGCGUGAGGCGCAGCAGCAGGCAGCUCAGCUCCGCCCUACUGAUGCGACCCCUGCCAUUUCUGUCACUGUGCCCCCCGCAGCCGCCCGGCCCCCAACUGCACAGGUUCCCGUGGAGGUUCUGAAGGUUCAAACUCAUUUGGAGAACCCAACCAAGUACCAUAUCCAGCAGGCUCAGCGACAACAGGUGAAGCAGUACUUAUCCACCACGCUGGGUACUAAAGUAGCCUCUCAGACGCUGUCUAUCUCCCCGGUGCAUCAGUCUAGCUCUGCUCCUGAGGUGGCUCCGUCCACCAGCAGUGCCCCUAACAGCCCAAUGGCUCUGCUCAACCUCGGCUCCAACAAAGAGGAGAUUGAUGAUGUAAUUGAUGACAUCAUUAGCCUUGAAUCCAGCUUCAACGAUGAUAUUAUGUCAUUUAUAGACUCCGGCUUACAGCUCCCAAAUACACUACCAGGCAACCUGCUGGAUGUCUACGCCAGUCCUGGUGUGGCAGCCCCCACCAUCACUGUCAGCAACUCAUGCCCUGCAGAUCUGCCCAAAAUCAAAACAGAAUUAACCGAUGCAGAGACCAAGGCUCUGCUGAAGGAGAGACAGAAGAAAGACAACCAUAAUCUCAUUGAAAGGAGGAGAAGGUUUAAUAUAAAUGACAGAAUAAAGGAGUUGGGAGCGCUUAUACCAAAAUCGAAUGACCCGGAGAUGCGAUGGAAUAAGGGGACCAUUCUGAAGGCAUCUGUGGACUACAUAAGGAAACUUCAGAAAGAGCAGCAGAGAGCCAAAGAGAUUGAGAUGAAGCAGAAGAAAUUGGAGCAUGCAAACCAGACUCUGCUGCUACGCAUUCAGGAGUUGGAGAUGCAGGCCCAACUACAUGGCCUGUCUUCCAAUCUGUCCUCUUCCUCUGGCAUCAGUUCAGACUCUCCGUUUCUCCAGCCGCCACCCCAGGCCAGCGUGGGAGAGCCUCACUCACACUCACAACUGGGCCUGGAUGGAGCUGUGGGUCAGACUUCCUCCUUCCUGUCCCCACCCCCAUCUGCAUCUCCCGGCCUGGCCCUGGCCGCUCCACUGGACAUGGGCACUCUAAGUUUUUCAGAGCUCGAUGAGCCUGCAGGUUCAAGCCUUUACCCAGACGUAAGUCUGGGGGACAUGCUAAUGGAAGAGUGCACUCUAUCCCAUGGGACGGCCCCCGACUCCCUGAUCAACUCAAACUCUCCAGGAGCAUCCAAAACCAGCAGCCGACGCAGCAGCCUCAACAUGGAGGAGGACUUGUGACAAGAUUAAAGCUGGGGUUUUACACUCAGGUUCUGGAAGGCCAUGGUGUUUUCCUCCUUUAACACAUCAAAUUCAGUUCAUGAUGGCUUCUGAGGACUUUGGUGCCAUGCCCAGUUAAGCAACUCUGGGUUUAGCCUGUUUUACUUUAUGGGAAAAAUGAAGAUCAUUUUCAAAAAUCACCCCUGUUGACCCUGUUGUGACUAAAAAAAAAACAGUUUUGUCAUACAUUUUGUAACAGGGUCCUCUAAAUUACGAGGUCAAUAAAUAGUCCAAAUACCAAAAUUGCUAUAUACAAGCUAACACUCUUAGGGCUAACUCUUAGGGCUACAAGGUGGCUAUGCACCUAAUAUUUCACUCACCUUCACUCCUGUGUUAAUGUGAUGUGACAAUAAAUGUGAUUUGAUUUGAUGUAAUUGCCACUGCAUGAAAGUAAGCUCACUAUUAUUAUUAUUAUUAUUAUUAUUGUUAUUAUUAUUAUUAUUGUUAUACAACACAAGCUACUCAAAUUGUAGCCAAUUACUGCCAAAACAACUUAACUGUCAUACUUGUUGGAGAUAUUUUAGUGAGGUUGCCAGUGGUAAUUAUGAUUGUCAACCUCACCAAAAUAAAUUUAAUGCGAGUGAGUGCUUGUAGCAUGUAUGUAGCAAUAUAACUAUUUCAGUCCCUUAAUUACAAAUCAUUGAAUUUAGCUAUUUUUACAAAAACUAAGUUGUGUGCCACCAUUUCUCAUGAGAUUGAAUGGAAUCUUUGCCAGUGUUCUGUAAAGCCUGUCCAACCCUCAACAGCUGGAUGCAUUUGAGGGCAUGGUUACAUCAUAAUGAGUCGAGAUGAAUGAGGUGUGUUAAAUGAGGUAGAAUAUUAACCCUCCAGGAGCCAUUUGCACAAACACAUGUAUGUUCAAACGUAGGCUAGUCAUAUAAGUGUUUACUGAGGCAAACAUUAGACAUUAAAGGGGAAUUCCACCGAAAACUUCUGCAUAGUUCCGUCUUUAAGAUGUAAACAGUGUUUCAGAGUUUUGAUGUGAAAUGAUGCCUUGUAGAGAACCCUACCAACUCAAUUUAUUUACAGUGGUGGUGAUAGGAACCAGGGGUCAUGAUGUCAACGAUGUAAAUGGAAAAACCAAUAAACCUAUAUGUCUUCUGAGUUUUAUAUGUAAUGUUAAAAUACUGCUAAAUCUGAAGAAAAAUGUUCAUACUAUUUUGCUGUUCAACACCAUGCAUGAAUGGCUUUAAAAAUACAUUUAGGCCAAAACCUUCUCUCAAAACUAUUGUAAAACAAUGAGACAUUAAACUCUUCAGACAUCAGGUGCCAAUAAUGUCAACAAUUUUGACUUUUAAGGUUCCUUAGAAUGGAUGCAUUUACCAUCAAAACACACUGAAUGACUUUGUUUACAUCUUAAUGAUUUAAUUAGGCAGAAGAUUUCAAAAAUUGGUGUAAUUUCAUGGGGUAGAUGGAAUUUUUUUAGUAGCUAAGAAGCUUAAUAUCAAAGAUAGUUAGUGUGGUGUAACCUGUUUUGAUGUAGUCAUGUGUAAAGUAUAAAGCUUAACUUAGUAAAAACCAUGUUAUAACUAGCGUACGGUUGAACUUAACUAGAGUUGAAGUCUGAUAGCUUUGGACUAACAGCUUCAGACACUGAGUGUUUAAAGUAGCUCCAAUUUUUUAGCAGAGGGUGCUGAUUUAUUUACCCCCACUCUGAUGAAAUGCACAACGUUCCUUCUGCUUUUUAUGAGCUUCCUCUAUCUUGGUGAUAUGAUAUGGGGUUCACUGCAGAAUGAACUCACUCAUAAUGUUCUCCUAAGCAAUAAGGUAUCACAGCCACUUGUAUGAACUAAAAAAAAAAAAACCAAAGAUCAGCUAAAAUGUCUCAGCUAAAGUUCAUUAAUUCACUUUUAUAUAACAUAGUGAGGAAAAAGAAUGUAAAUAUUGAAUAUUGAAUGUGAAUGCACGUCCAUUUU